AUGGGGGAAAUAUCUCAAUUUUCCGUGGCCGCCGUUGAUGAGCAUACCUCGGGUCAAAUGGCUUUUUCAUACCAAGAUGAGCUACUGCGCAAGGUAUCGCAGAUCGAGAAAACUGUGGGACAACUGUGGGAUUGGUCGAAAUCAAUAACGCAGGAGUUUGGCUUACUACGCCCCGGUCCAGCCAUAACUACGACCACGCCGCUUCCACCUUCCGCGGUGUUUGAGGACUGCAAUUCUGACCAUGAGGCGGAUGAUUUUUACCCAAAAUUGCCCGAGGAUUGGGAGCAAACAUCAAUGAAGUUAAAUCAAGAGGAAGCUAAGCAAACACCAAUGAUAGUAAAUCAAGAGGAAGCUAAGCAAACACCAAUGAUAGUAAAUCAAGAGGAAGCUAAGCAAACAUCAAUGACGAUAAAUCAAGAGGAAGCUAAAUCUGUAUGUUUAUUCGUGUCUUCUUGUGAGGACAAAGAAUACACUAAUACAGUUUAUGAAGUGAAAUUCAAACACAGAAGAGAAGUCACUCAUGAACCCCCAGUAGUUAGACAAGUUGCCAAGUUCCGUGAGGGUUCUUGCCUUCACUCCGCACGGAUUUUCAACCACUCAGAAUUAUACUGCAUUGGACAAGAUGGUGGAUUUAUUGUUGACACGAGGAGUUGGUCAAAAUGUUCAUCUAUUCCUCCUAUUCCAUCCUCUAACUCAGUAGAAACUAUUGUGUGUGCGUAUGGCAAGGUUUAUUAUCUUGCAUGUUCGUCAACCUUCUCACCAGUUACGGAGCAUUCCUUCGGGAGAUAUAAUCCUGAUCAUAAGGUUUGGGAACAAAUGACUUCUUUUCCAUUUUAUGAUGAUUAUGACCACACUAUGCAAGUGACUGGCUAUGCCGUUUGUUAUGGAGUUAUUUUGUUUUCAUUGUCUGGCUCGAGGGACGGGGGUUUUGGUGUCGUUGCUUUUCGCUUGCGUAGAAGGGACUGGAAUCGAGUGAAAAUUGACACUUCUGCUCAUUGUGCUCCACCUUUCGAAGGGAGGGCCGUGGUUGUAGACGAGACUAUCUAUGCCUUAUCUGGGGAUGCAAAGAUGAAAGCAUUCUCCUUUAUGGGGGAAAAAUCUGAUGUUAAUGGUAUUUCAUAUUCCCUUAGGCAACUCUUUAUAGUGCAAGGCCUUGAUAUUGCGCAUCCGCCGCUGCCACGGCUUAACGAUAGGACACAAUAUUUGGUUCAUUUGGGAAACCAUGACUUUUUCUAUGUCCAGACUGGCAAGUGCGAUUCACAUCCCAAGGUUCAAUAUCUUAGUAUCACCACGUUUGAAAUUGUUCUUGAAGAAGGAAAACAUAUGAUCAAGACCAUAGAUUCAAUUGUUCAUUCUGUGGAUAUCAAGGGCUCUGAAUGGUUCGAUCUUGUUUUCUGCUUUACAUCGUAA